AUGUACGGAAACCGGCCCACUGCAUCCUCCAGCCAACAACAAGAUGCCUCGUUCCCGGUCAUGCCCGUCGCGGAUAUCUGCGACUGUCUCGCCGCGCUCAACGUCCCCGUCAUGCCCGAGGAUAUCCAGAAGCCAACCGCGCUAUCGGCCCAGCAUGUCUACGCGGGACUGGUGACGGAGCUGAUGGGGAUACCUCUGGAGAUGCUUGAGGGGCCGAAGCAGUCGCUUAUGGGGAUGAUGGAGUACAAGGACCUGUAUAGCGAAGCUCUGCAGAUCACCAUGUUCUUCAAGCAUGUGCGAGAGCUGGCCGAAGUCUGCGGCUGUCGCAACUUCAACCUGUACGAUCUUACACGUCCCGACCCGUUGCGUUUCAAGCAUCACCUGAGCGGGAUCAUCAACUUUGCCAAGUUCAGAGAUGAGCGGUCCGUCUUUCAGCAGCAGCUGCAGGAUCAGUCUAGGCAGCAGGUGGAGAAAGCCGAGCGGCUGCGCAAGCAGCUUAGUAAGAUCGAAGCAGCAAUCGACGAGAUCAAAAUCCGAAGCGCCGCCGAUACACCCAAGAUGGAAGAGGCGAGAGUCCGGAAUGAUGAACUGAGGAAGGAGUUGCUGGAGCUGCGUAACUCGCAAGUCCGGCUAUCGCACGACGUGGAGGAGGCAAAGAAGGAGCGGACGACCUACAACGAGCAGGCAACUGGCAAAGUCAAUGAGCUCAAUCAACUCAACAUCCAAAUCUCCUCGGCCCGCUCUCGCCUCGUCCAAUCCCCCGACCGCAUCAAGAAGCACAUCAACGAAAUGUCGCACACUGUCAGCCAGGAGAAGGGCACGCUCGGCGCAUUCCAGCGCAAAGCACGUGAGCUCGGCAAUCGCGUCGACGUUAUCAAUACGCUCGAGACCGACCUGCGUGGCCUCAUCGACCUCGAAAAGGGAAUCGAGGACCAACGGACCAAGGUCGAGGAAGCUCGGCGGAGCAUGCUCACCCUCCGCGCUCGGCUGGAGGGGAAGAAUAUCGAGUCGCAGGGGUUGACGACCAAGCUCCAGCAGCUCGAGCGGCAGUUGCAGAAUGCGGGCGACAGGCAGAAGAGGUCCGAGGAUAUGGCGAGGGAUGUGAGGGAGCGGACGGAGGUCAAGAUGGCGGCCCUCAAGGAGGACUACCUGGUCAAGAAGGUGGAGAGGACGCAGUGGGAGAAGGUGCGGGAGCAGCUGCAGUCGGAGUUGGAGCAGCUGGAGGGGGAGGAAAGGGCAUGGAUAGCGAAGCAUGAGGGGGAGCUCAACGAGAUGCUGGCGGAGUACUGGACAAUGAGGAAGCAGGCUGAGGACUACAUGAAUACGAUGACGGUCAAGCUGGGCUUGAAGCUCCGAACGUCUUAG